AUGGGGAAUCUUGGCAAACCCUUCAACGGCAUGACUUUAAACGAAUUAACUAGAGUCACACCAGCUGAAGAAGGCCUUCAGCAGCAGAAUCCUCAUUCUACCCCUUCCGUCUUCCUCGGCAACUUCGACCUCAAUGAGACGCAAAAUAAGAAACCAGAGGAAGAUGUCUGGGGUGAGAUUGUGGAUACUGAGCAAGUCGGCUCCGUAAAUAACCAGUCCCUUGAUCCACAGAUGACUCUCGGAGAAACCACACUCGAGAAUUUUCUUGUCGGUGCUGGCGUUAUCAACUUGGAUGUCCAAGAGAAUCCCAUCAAUCAGGAGCCAACCGCGGCAGUUGAUCCCAUGAUGGUGGUUUCGCAGCCAAUGGACUGGGUGCAACUUCACAUGGCUUCAGUCCAACAGCAGCAGCCAUUGGUAGUGCUUAAUUCGAAUUUCAAUGUUUCAAGUUCUGCCUACGAGAACCAAGGUUUUGAAACAGGUUAUGCAGAGAACCAAAAAUCUCUGCCCAUUUCAGCGCCAGCCAUAUCUGCUACAUCACCUGAUUCUCAGGGAUCUAGCGAAAAGAAGUAUAGAUACUCAGAUGAGGUCAUGGAUAAGACCGUAGAGAGGAGGCAAAAGAGGAUGAUCAAGAAUCGCGAGUCAGCUGCCAGAUCAAGGGCAAGGAAACAGGCCUACACCAACCAUUUGGAACAUCAAGCUCUUCGCUUGAGGAAAACAAAUAACUGGCUCAGGAAACAGAAGGAACUGGAGCUGCUCUUUUCCUCAGAUUCGAGCUCCAUGCCCAAGUACCAACUGCGGCGCACGAGCUCAUCUCUUUUCUAG